AUGUCAGUACCUCACUCGACUACAACUACUGCAAAUAAUUCAACUUCGUCAUCAGCUACAUCUACCACAACCAAUUCGAAUGGGGGAUCUCUGCGUUUUCGAGGAGACGCUGCAAGUUUUUCACCUCGUUAUCCGAUUUUACAUCAUCAUAAUCAACCUCAACAUAAUCAAAAUCCAAACCAUCAUCAUCAACUACCUCCGCAUAUUCCUGUUCAGCAAUUCAUACAUCCGCAAAUGCAACAAGCUAAUCUUACACCUCAACAACAACAACAAUUUUUUAUGCAAUAUAAUAACUAUCAAUAUCCAAUGAUGAUGAAUCAAAUGUACGGAUUCAUGCCCUAUCAACAAGAAAUAUAUCAACAGCAACCUCAACAAAUGUAUAUGAUUCCACCUCCACAUCCACUUCCACAAAGUCAUAUACCGAUGCAUCAACCGCCCCCACCGAUACCACAUUCUCAUCCAUCACCUCAUGGUCAUAACAAUAGCAAUAACCUUACAAGUACUAAGCAAAAUACUCAACAAACUAGUAGUCCUCUACUACCACCUCAAAUUCCACAUCAAAGAUACCAAAAACUGCCACAACUGCAUAAUAUUCCGCAAAAGCAACACCAAUAUCAGCAGGUCGGUCCACUUCCGCUGCAAAAUCAACAACAACCAAAACAUCAAUCACAACAACAACCACAAGUUCAUCAUACGCAACAACAACCACAAGUUCAUCAUACACAGCAACAACCACAAGUUCAUCAUACACAACAGCAAACACAGGAACUGCAAAAUCAACAACAUGAACAAAAACAGAUCAUAAAGGAGCUGGAGCAACAAGAAAAGCAACAGUCUAAUCCCGAGCAAUCACAGACACCAGAACGAAGUAUUCCAAAUUCAUCUGAUAUCAAUUCAUCAAAUAAUAUUCUACUGGAGGAGACCGAAUCGUCACUAUCCCAAAAUUUCGAUGAAGAUGAGGACCAUGAAUCACCAAGAUUGAAUGGUCACAAAAGUGUAGAAACUGUCACACCGACACUUGAAGCGGAACCUGCAAGUUUGGUUUCUUUACCAUUAUUCAUUAAUAUUAAAGAAAUGGACUUUCUCAAUAAUUUUUUACUGACGGAGCAAUCAAGAAAUGUAAAAUCUAUCAACAUAUCAAAUCAAUUGGAAGAUAACUUCAUGAGGAAAGAAAAUAAAGUUAUACUUUGCCCAAACAUCACUAGACAAUAUUACGUAAAUUCAUCUAAAACCAUACUAUCAAAUGGGAAAGAUCAAACAGAUAUUCAUAACAUUCACAAAUUGACAAAUGAUACGAAACAAGAGAACCAGCAACAACAACAACAACAACAACAGCAGCAAAACCAGCAACAACAGCAAAUACCUGAUGUAUGUAAUUCGCAAGGUUCUCCUGCGUUGUCAAGUAAUUGGGCUUCGUUCUUGCAAGCAACCGCUCCACCAACUCCUAAAAAAGUUGUCAGAAAAUCAAGCCCUGCUAAAGUUGAACCAACAACUUACACAAAAGUCAAGUCUUCUACUCCGGACAUAUUCAAUUUGGAGAAUGAGUCAACCCAACCUUUAGGAAUAUUGUUAUUGAAAAUAAUGUUUGAUACUAAUUACUCUAUUUUCAAUAAUUUUCCAGUAUUUGAAAUCAAGCCAAAAGGUUUGACAAAUACUGGUAAUAUAUGUUUUAUGAAUUCAAUCCUUCAGACUUUACUUUAUUGUGAACCAUUCAACAAAUUAUUAAAACUAAUUGAAACGAAAGCAAUUGGAGAUUUAGUUACAUCAUCACAACCAUUAAUUGACGCGACUAUCAAAUUAUUUAAUGAAUUUAAACCUUCGGAUGAUAAAUCACCUGUUUCUAUUGAGACAUUUUAUUCAGCAUUAUCAAAACACAAAAAGUUUCAACAUUUAAAAUGGGGUCAACAAGAAGAUGCCGAAGAAUUUUUGGGAUAUUAUUUGGACGCAUUGAAUGAAGAAAUGAUAUCAGCUUUGAAAAAAUUAAAUACCCCUCAAAUUGAUUCAUUAAUACAAUCAUACGAAUCAGAUGAUAUAACAAAAUUUAAAUAUAAUAUUAAAACAUGUAUAAGGAGGAUUAAGAACGAAGAAGAUGAUGAUGAGUGGAAAGAAGUAAGUAAGAAAAACGUCACAAAAAUUGAAAUUGAACCUACUCCAUUAAAUAUGAUAUUUGGAGGUGAAUUCAAAUCAGUUAUAUCUAUACCAAAAGCAACAUCAUUUCAAAAGUCAAUAACAUUGGAUCCAUUUCAGCAUGUACAAUUAGAUAUUUCAAACUCGGAAUCAGUAGAAGAUGCAUUUAUUCAUUUGAAUGAGUUAGAAAGUAUCUCAUAUAAAGGUCAAAACAACAAAGACUUAUUAGUCAAAAAACAAACAUUCAUAGAAAAAUUACCAAAUGUUUUAAUAAUACAUUUGAAGAGAUUUAGCUAUUCUUCACAAAAUCAAGAGAAUGCCAUUGAAAAAAUAGGUAAAAAUAUAACAUAUAAUCACACGUUGAUCAUACCGAAUGAAAUAUUAUCGCAAACACAACAACAACAACCUCAAUCAUCUCAAUCACAAGAAUAUCAAUUGAACUCGGUGGUAUAUCAUCAUGGCUCGUCAGCAGAUGCUGGACAUUACACAAGUGAUACGUUUGAUUUUGAAAAUAAUCAAUGGUGGAGAAUUGAUGACACAAUUGUAAAACCAAUUAGUGAUGAGGAUGUUUUAAAUGAUGGUAUAAAUAAUGCAUAUAUUUUAAUAUUUUCUGCUACUCAUCCUUUCUCUUCUUUUCAGACAUCUAUAUCACCUUCCAAAAUUAUGGCUAAAACUCGAUCGAAAGGACCUGUAUCUCCUGUUGCUAAUAAAAUUAAAUCACCAGGCAAAGUAACUAAACCAAGAAAGGUUCUGUCCAAAGAAAAAAAAAUUUCAUCGAAGAAUUCGGAAUCACUAGAAGAUGGCCAAGCUGAACAUUCAACUGAAUCAAAUCUGUCUAUAAUACCAUCCAGUGUUAUCAAGAAGGCCAUAAUUGAAUUGGAAAAAUAUAUUACACGAGACAAGCAAGAGAAACAAGAAUCCAAUGAAAAAUCAAAAUCACAAUUAUUCGAUGAAGAUGUAAUUAAUGAGGCUAAUACGUUGUAUCUUAUAAUUGAAUCUAAGAAAUUUUUUUCAGCUAAACCUCAGUUCAAACCUAAAACGAUCAAAUUAUCUAAAUCGAUGUAUAAUUUUAAAGAAUUGAAAACUUGUUUAAUCAUUCGUGAUCAGUUAGUUAAAACUAAUGAAGAGAUUGAAAAAAUUGAAAAUGAAAAUUUACCAACGAUAUCACAAAUAUUACCCUUGAAAUCAUUAAAGACUGAAUACAAGCCAUUUGAAAAAAGAAGGGAGUUUAGAAAUGAUUAUGAUUUGUUCUUAGCAGAUGAAGCGAUUUUAAAUACAUUACCGAAUGUUUUAGGAAAAGUUUUUUAUGACUCCAAUAACAAAGUCCCAUUGCCAGUUAGGGUAACAAACUCAUCAAAUAAUUCAGAGUUAUCUAUAACUACUUUGAAAAAUCAACUAGAUAAAAUUUUGAAUAGUACAUUCUAUUUGCCUCCACAAGGAACGGUUGUUUCAAUAAAAGUAGGUCAUAUAAGUAAUGAAGAUGAAGAUGAGACCAAAUUCACAAAUGACGAAUUAAGUGAUAAUGUAAGAGAUAUAGUAAAGCUGUUCGAUCUAGAUACGUUAAAGACUAUAAUGAUCAAAACUGGAACUUCACCAGCAAUUCCAUUAUUUUAUACCGACAAAUUGUAUACUGAUGAAGAUAUAUUGGAUGACAUAACAUCGACUGAGGCGGAUGAGGAAGUCAAUGUGGAAUUAACACCGUUUGAAAAAGGUUUAUUACAAUUGGGUGAUCUCGAAACUGUCUCUAAAGUACUUGGAAAAAAAUUGGAAACGCGUCUGUUAUCACCUGAAACAAAUUUAACCGUUGGUCGAGAUGAAACUCAUGAACUUGUAUUCAAUUCAAUGAAAUGUGCAAGAAAUUUAUUACAAAUAGUCACCGGACCAACAAACCCAAAUCAAAAAACAUCAUUAAUCUUAUUUAUACAAUCUAGGGCUAAGUCAUACAUCAAUGGUAAACUUGUAAAUUUGAAAAAAGGUGAAAAUCCAAAAGAAUUGAUUUAUACUGCUGAAUCCAAAAUUGACAUCAAUUGUGAGCAAAGUACCGAUCCCAGUGCAAAUUCUGAUUUUCCUUUAUUGAUUGAAUGGAUUGACCUCAAGCUAUAUAUUGAUACACAAGAUGAAUUGGUGGACCAACUAAAAAAAUUGAAUAUGGACUUGCCAAUAGUGGAUUCCGUCGAUAAAGCGACUCAUAUCUAUACAAAUAAAGCGGUUCCAGAUCUGAAUAACUUUAAAAGGGCCAUAAUAUUGGGGAAGCAUGUUGUAAAUGACACGUGGUUAGAAUCAUUGAUCUCAAAUCCAAAUGAUGUUGAUAAUUGGCUCUUGGCUAGUCAGGAUUCAAAAUUCCUACCUGACAAUAAUAAUUUAUAUUUGCCUUCUACGCAAAGAGCCAUUAGUCAGAAAAUUUUAUCUUUUGAGUCAAUUGGUUGGAUAGACUGUGAGAUAGUGGACAAAACAGAAGAGGAUAUCAAAAAUAAAGCAGGAAGCUCUACAUUUAUUUUAGUUUCAAAGGAAAAGUUCAUGGAUUUAAAAUCAAUAAGUGAAAAUGAAUUGUGGAGCGCCAUUCUCAACAACAAUACAGCAUCUUUACCGACAAAUACAAUUCAAAACUUGAAAAGGGCGGCAGACUCAAAUUCAAAAGGUGCAUCAGGAGCAAGGAAAAGAAGAAAAUACGAGAAAGUUGAUAAACUACAUUUUUUUUCAUUAGGUUCAACUUCAACCCCUACUACUCAGAACAAUAAUACUCAAGAAAGUUUAACAACUCAGCCAGCGGCUCAAACAGAUGGAGAAAAAUCAAGAACAACGACCCCAAAUACAGAAACAAUUCCUGAUUCCGAAACUCAAGAAAUUAUUCAACAGGAACAACCAAAACCACCAAGACUUGAAAAGAUAAAGAAAGAGCCAGAAGACCCACCACCAGUGAAUUACAAAAAGCGUCAAAAUGAAUCAUUUACAAAUCAUCAACCUCCGAAAGUUGCAAAAUUUAUGCCAAAGGUGUCAUUUGCCGAUGCUGUGAUUCAAGCCAGAGAAACUCUGGUCAAGAAAUGGAACAAAGAAAUGGGUAUUAAUGAGACUCUGGAAGAUCAAGAAGUAGUUCUUGAUGAUUUGUCAAACUUGGCUAUUGUUGAGAUUGUUGAUAUGCCUAUGAGAAAUAAAAAUUUGCAACAACCACAAACAGAUCAGUUAAGUGUGGACAUUAAUGUCAAUGUUAAAAAUUUCAAAAGGUUUAGAAAAAACAAACCUCCUACGCAACACAAAGAUCGUCCAAUUAUUGAGAUGACAAUAUCAGAUACUAAUGUAUUCAUACCCAAAAGUAAAAAAAAGGAAACUACCGUUGACAAUGAGUUUGAAGGUGUAAUGGAUAAUGUACGUGGAUAUAACCCGACACCUUUAUUUGUUGAGGAUAGUGAUAAUGAAGAGGAUGAGGAGGAGAGUGGACCUUAUGAUGAGAAUGGAAUGCUGUCAUUCAAAAAUUUUACUAGUCGAGGUUCAACUAUAAAUACCGAUAACGAGACGACGACAAAUUUUAAUUCAGCGACAAGAAUUACAAACUCAAACAAAACCCCUAAUGACAAAUAUGAUGAUGAUGAAGAAGAUGAUGAUGAUGAUGAGGAUAAUGAUGAUCAACCUAAAUUUGGUUUUAGUAGAUGA